CUGUCGAGUGCCCAGACAAGAAUCGAACCCGGGUCUCCGGCGCAGUGAUAAGCCACAGCUCUACCUCCUGAGCUAAAGAAGCAUGCUCCGUCAGCUAAUUAAGUGAUAGUGGCCGCAUUAACAGCUUUUACAUGCCUGUUAGCGCGGACUUGAUGUAUUUUGUAGUUUCCUAAAACAUCGUAUUGAUGUAUUUGAAAUGCCUUGUUGGAUACAAAUCAAACUUAGCUGUCAGGUUAUUGAAUGACAAUGAGAUAUAUUGUAGGCCUAUGGGCACCGCUUUACUUUUUACUUCCAUCUAGUGAGCUUUUAGUCUGUAACAGGAAAGAGUAGUGUGCCUCCACCGGGGAUCGAACCAGCGACCCUGUAUAUCACUAUGUACAAUUAAAACCUGCCGCAAGUCAACAUUUAAAUAGGUGAUAUCCCUAAUGAUUAUCUGACAUCACUAAAAGGACUAAGUGAUACCACUAAAUUGGAAUAAAAAAGUAAAACGGCACUCCGUAAAUAUUAUGUCAACGGUUUCAAGUUAUUUUUCCCGCCACAGUAGACUUAGUCAUGAUCUCUGCUGUGUUUUGUUGUAGUAUAUCUUAUUCAAGCGUUUGUUAGACACUGGUGAUGUUUUGGAAACGUACGGAAAUGUGCGGAGUUCCUUCCUCAUUAAAAUUUAAUUGAAAUCCGCGAGAUGACAUAAAAGACUUGGAUUGUGACAGCCAGCUAUAGGCGGAGUAUUUGUAUGGAUGGAACCUCAACGAUCAAACGUACAGGUAAUGGAAGGCAAACUGAAAUACCUGUCCAUCUUAUCUUCUGGCAUGGAGGCCAUGCUAGCAAGUGGUCAGCACUCGGACGUGACAGUGGAGGUCGGAGAGCGACGCUUCCUGUGCCACAAAGUCGUCCUCGGUGCUGUUUCGCCCUACUUCGAGGCUAUGUUUUCACAUGACAUGCGUGAGAACCUGGACAACCUUGUGACACUACAUGACAUAGACCAGGACAUCUUUGAUAGUGUCUUACAGUACAUAUACACUGGUGAAAAUGUUGUUUGUGAACUUAAUGUAGAAAAAGUUUUCCAAGCAGCUUCUCUGAUGCAGAUUCCGUGUCUACAAGAGCGUUGUGAGGAGUUUCUACUUGCCCAAGCAUCCUAUGAAAAUUGUAUAGGAAUAUGGAAGAUUGCUAAAGCACACAACAGGAUGAAACUAGCAGACAAAGUGUGGAUAACCAUUUUAGAAAAUUUCCCGGUGAUAUCUACAACAGAAGAUUUUCCUAAUCUAGAUGCAGAUGAACUUGUCAGUAUCAUCAGUAGUGAUGACCUAAACUCCCCCAGUGAGGAGUUUGUGUGUGAUGUGGCUAUGCAGUGGAUUGACCACAGUACAGAGGCCAGGCAGGAGAAGCUGCAUGAGAUCUUGGCAAGUCUACACCUCCCCCUAGUCUCCAGCGACUACCUCUUUAAUCUCAUGGACAAAAAUCCCUAUAUCAAGACUGAUUCCAGAUGUAUGCGAUCUCUGUUAGAUGCACUGAGGUACCACACAUGUGUUUCUCGUCGCCAAGACUUCACAUCACCUCAGGCGAGCUGUCGACAGAACGGGUCAAAGGAUGAUGUGUUGGUGGUGAUAGGAGGGCUUCUAUCUACAACACCUCGCUACCAAACCACUAAGGAAGUUCUGUGUUUCAGUUUUCAGCAGCACAAAUGGUUCUAUCUUCCCUCUCUCCCAUAUGACCCUGGUUAUGAGUUUGCUGCCUGCACGUAUGCAGACAGGUUGUUUAUAUCUGGAGGAUGGCUGAAACUCCAGGGUAUGGCAGAGUACAAAACACACAAAAAUCAGUGGGAAGUGUGUGCCUCUCUGUGUAAUGGCCGCUGUGGCCAUGUCAUGGUAGCAGUCACUGACUCUAUCUUUGUGAUCGGAGGCCGGGAUGGACGUGCUCCAGCAAUUACAAGUAUCGAAGAGUUCAGUCUUCAGACAGAGAAGUGGACCAAUGCUGGUGACUUAGUCCUAGGUGUGAGGUCUACCUCUGCCUCAGUCAUUGGAGAGAAGGUGUUUGUAUUCGGUGGCAUCACAGAGUCGGACAAAGACUCUAACUCUGUCCAGUGCUUUGACUCCCGAAUGAGGACAUGUACCAUCAUCGGUGACCUCCCCUUCACCUGUAGACUGACUCGGACUGUGUCCUUGGAUACAAAUGUGUACGUGUUGGCUCCAGAUGGACGAGUACUUCAGUUCAAGGACCCAACACACAUGAAUAAUCUUCUUCAUGCAUCAUCUCCUCGUGGCCGGCUGGAUUCUUCCAACUCCGAUACAAGUGUUUCUGAUACUGAACCAUGCUCUUCUACUUCUUCAGAAGCUUCUAUUCAGACUUUGGGCAAACUCAGGUUUCGACUUCCAAACUUCAGCCAACAUCACUUUGAAGUCAUUCAGUACAGAGGCAAGAUUUUACUAGUGGGAGGCAAGACACCCGACAAUAAUAUCUUGAAGAACGUCAAGGUGAUCGACCUGAGUAAGAAAAUUCUGGAAAUCGAGUCAAUGGAAAAUCUAGAGAUGCCGUCUGCUCGCUGGUGUUUUGGGUGUGUCAAGACUGUGAUACGUCGUGACUAUCUCAACAAUGAGAUAUGUGUUUAGACAAAUGUGAUAGAAUAUAUAGUGCAUCUUUGUCAAGGAAAUGUAGCUUGUUAUUUUAUAACAUGGUGUUAGUCAUAUUGAAUAACUUUGUUUUGUUCAAUUUUAAGAGAUUGCAGUGCAAUGAAAUCUGUAAUAAUUUACAAUGAUUAUAUGUUAAUAUCUAAUUAAUUACAUAUUAAUGAAGUUGACACUUGCUAAAUCAUAUUCAUUCCUAUGCAUAAAACUUGGUCUGGUCACAUGUAAGCUUCUGUUCAUCAGAUCUUACAAAGUUAUACUGUAUACUGGGAAACUUUUGCCUUUGUUAAUUUGCUAUUUUCACAGAAUCAGAAGAGAAAAAGUUCCACUUCUACCUACUGAAAUACUUCACAUAUGGUUAAUUGGUCAAAAACAUAAAAACAUAAUUUUAUGUCAUACUCAUAGGGUGAAAAUUCCCUGAGGCAAAAGUUUCCAAGAAUACACAUUUUAAACUAUUUAUAUUUUCUGUAUUGUUAUUUGAUAUUUAUAAUAUAAAGCAUCCUUAUGGUAUUAUACUGUGUAUGAUGUAUGCAGGGUAAUGUGGUCACUGCCACCAUUUAAAUGUUACAUUCCAUUGUCAUUAGAGUGGCUGUGUAAUUAAUUAAUAUAAAGUCACUAUAAUAAAUGUAUUUAGACAGUUUGUCCAAGAAUCUCCCAAAGUUUUAUGGUACAUCAUGAUCACUGGACAUACAUCAUACAAGUUUCUGCAAAUUAUUUGGUCUCUUGGCCUAAAAUGGUGUUCUAUAAAGAUAUUUGUUCUGAUAUUUGCAUAAUUUGUUUUAUAAAAUGUUAUUGUCUGAUGUCUUGUUUGCAUUGUUGUGAGCUGUGUAUAUUUUGUGACGUUAAUAUUGUCUGUAUAAUAUUUGAAUAUCCAUGUCUAUAUUUUGUGACGUUCAUAUUAUCUGUAUAAUAUUCAAAUGUCUAACGUCUUGUAUGCUUCUGUGAUGUACAGUGUAUAUCAAUAUAUAUUAAGAAGAUUAUUUGCAACUCUGGAGAUGAAUUAGAUUGCCAUUUCAAUCAAGAUCACAGGGACCAAGAUUUAUCAUUUCUUUAAGUGCCCUGUUUUCCAUACCAGGUAGUCAUGUGUUGUUCUUUGUUAUUGUCUAAUCUACAAUGUAUACAAAGUUGACGCCAUCAUCCUCAUGUACGACAAUACUGAUACAGGUAAUUAAAGAUAGGUAUACAUGUUUAUAUCCUGAUGGGACGAAUUAGUGAUAUGUGACUUCCAUAGACUUCCAUAGAUCUUAUUGUCUUGUCUCCUAUAGCUACAGUGAUGAAGGUAAAGGAGUUGUAGAGUCACAAAUCAAAUUAGAUGCUAGUGGAUGUCCUCAACCUAUCUACAGAUGUGUAGAUCUAGAGUAUUAUACAAGGUAGUGAUGGGAACCAGUUUUACUUUCAGAAUCGAUAAUCGGAAACUCAAAAUCGAUUGAUUAUAAUUAUAUUUAUAUUAUUGGUUUUCUAAAUUUAGCACAGAAUUACCCUUUUGUAGAAAAUAUAUUUACAUCUCAAAACAUUUAUUACACGUCUUAGCCUUUGUUAUCAAUAUUUUUAAUAUUGAACACAAACAAAGCAUUUAACAUGUUACAGUUGUACAUGUUAAUAUACAUGUAUUCAAUUUCCUUGAUUACUUGAAAACAUAUUGAUCUGUAAAAUAUUAAAGAUCUUGGUUUGGUAACAUUACAAAAAUAUGCAAAGCCGAAGAUUUACAAACACUUUCAGAAAUUUAGGAUUAAUUGCCUAUUGAAAAUGGUCAUUGAUGAUUAGUUUUCUUUUCUUUUUCCUUUUUUUUUUUUUUUUUUUUUUUUUUACUUAUUUUCGAUUAUCAGCGCAACACUAAUACAACUUUCAUCUCCCAAACUGAUCAUUCGUAUUUCUGUAUUUCUGUAAAGGAUGUUAAUUUGCAUAUUUACCUGUACAGUGUAUUUCUAAUGUAUACAUGACAAUAGUUUUAUGUGGUAUUUUUAUUUAUGGUCUAUUGUUAAGUUUACACAAAAAUUAUGUAUAUAAAAUUACAUAAAAUGAAAGUAUUAUCCCACCAUACUGAUGAUGUAGAUAAACUUUAACUUUUUAAGGCUGUGCAAUUUCAGUGUACAAGGUAAAUGUGUAAUUGUGUCAUCACUUGUCGCAGUGAUGUCAACUCAUACGUACAAUAACUGUGUUAGUCAGAACCUAAUUACAUGUAUACAUAAUUGUACCAUAUUUUCCACCAAUAAGCCCAUGGUUUGUGAAAACCAGUCCAAAUUCUGUCUAUUGCAAUUCAGUGACAAAUGGUAAUAAUAACCAUUUUAGGAUUUCAUUGCAUGUAAAAAGUUUAUCUCUUUGAGUAAAAAUUGUUGGACCCCUGGGCUUAUAAUUCAUUCAAUGUCAUGAAUGUUUUAAGAAGGAAUUAUCAAACAAUAUGCAACGUUAAUAUAUGAUCUACAAAAUAAUUAAUAGGUCUUUGUAUGACUUUUUCAGGAUUUUGUAGACCUAACAUGUACACUAGAAUAACAUAUACAGCUGAACAAGUUGUUAGAUUUUCUGUAUUACCUGUAUAAGGGGCUGUCAGUAACAGAUUUUCUGUAUUACCUGUAUAAGGGACUGUCGGUAACAGAUUUUCUAUAUUACCUGUAUAAGGGACUGUCGGUAACAGAUUUUCUGUAUUACCUGUAUAAGAGACUGUCGGUAACAGAUUUUCUAUAUUACCUGUAUAAGGGACUGUCGGUAACAGAUUUUCUGUAUUACCUGUAUAAGGGACUGUCGGUAACAGAUUUUCUGUAUUACCUGUAUAAGGGACUGUCGGUAACAGAUUGUCUGUAUUACCUGUAUAAGGGACUGUCGGUAACAGAUUUUCUGUAUUACCUGUAUAAGGGACUGUCGGUAACAGAUUGUCUGUAUUACCUGUAUAAGGGACUGUCAGUAACAGAUUUUCUGUAUUACCUGUAUAAGGGACUGUCGGUAACAGAUUGUCUGUAUUACCUGUAUAAGGGACUGUCAGUAACAGAUUUUCUGUAUUACCUGUAUAAGGGACUGUCAGUAACAGAUUUUCUGUUUUACCUGUAUAAGGGACUGUCGGUAACAGAUUUUCUGUAUUACCUGUAUAAGGGACUGUCGGUAACAGAUUUUCUGUUUUACCUGUAUAAGAGACUGUCGGUAACAGGACUAACUUAUCACAACUUUGUGCCAAUAGAAGAUUUUAGUGUGUAUAAUUACUGUUUUUAUAUCUGAUAAGCCUUUAGGCUAUAUCAGUCAUUUUGACAUUUUUCCAAUUAACAACCUAAGUAUUUGAGUCUUUUUUUAUAACUUAUAAAUUAUGCAAAGGUAGUAUAGAUUUGUACAUUAGGAUACAUUUAUUGGUAUCAGGUAGAGGCUAGUACAUGUGCAUUAAAACAGGAGAUAGUAUUAAAGCCUGGUAGUUUAGUUUCUAAAAUUGUAUACAUUAUGAUCAUGGUAAAAGUUUAUUUAAAUUUAGACAGGGAAAGAUGUCAUGCAGUGUAUUAAAUUGUAGAUUUGUUUUCCGUCUUAAUCUGAACAGCAAGCACAGAUUGUGUUUCACAGACCUGACGUAAAGACUAGUCCAGUCAUACAGGUGGUGACUCUGUGACAGAUAACACAGAAUUUAUAUGUGGCUGGAGGGCCUCCAAGGUGUAGUACCUGGUCAGGUCACCUACAGUUAACUAGAGUACUGUAUCUCAACCUUCUACAAAACCUGCUAUGUUAUGUAGCCUAACCCUGACCACAAUCUCUCCCUGUCCCCUAACUCCAUGUUAUGUAGCCUAACCCUGACCACAAUCUCUCCCUGUCCCCUAACUCCAUGUUAUGUAGCCUAACCCUGACCACAAUCUCUCCCUGUCCCCUAACUCCAUGUUAUGUAGCCUAACCCUGACCACAAUCUCUCCCUGUCCCCUAACUCCAUGUUAUGUAGCCUAACCCUGACCACAAUCUCUCCCUGUCCCCUAACUCCAUGUUAUGUAGCCUAACCCUCACCACAAUCUCUCCCUGUCCCCUAACUCCAUGUUAUGUAGCCUAACCCUGACCACAAUCUCUCCCUGUCCCCUAACUCCAUGUUAUGUAGCCUAACUCUGACUACAAUCUCUCCCUGUCCCCUAACUCCAUGUUAUGUAGCCUAACCCUGACCACAAUCUCUCCCUGUCCCCUAACUCCAUGUUAUGUAGCCUAACCCUGACCACAAUCUCUCCCUGUCCCCUAACUCCAUGUUAUGUAGCCUAACCCUCACCACAAUCCCUCCCUGUCCCCUAACUCCAUGUUAUGUAGCCUAACCCUGACCACAAUCUCUCCCUGUCCCCUAACUCCAUGUUAUGUAGCCUAACCCUGACCACAAUCUCUCCCUGUCCCCUAACUCCAUGUUAUGUAGCCUAACUCUGACUACAAUCUCUCCCUGUCCCCUAACUCCAUGUUAUGUAGCCUAACCCUCCCCACAAUCUCUCCCUGUCCCCUAACUCCAUGUUAUGUAGCCUAACCCUGACCACAAUCUCUCCCUGUCCCCUAACUCCAUGUUAUGUAGCCUAACCCUCACCACAAUCCCUCCCUGUCCCCUAACUCCAUGUUAUGUAGCCUAACCCUGACCACAAUCUCUCCCUGUCCCCUAACUCCAUGUUAUGUAGCCUAACCCUGACCACAAUCUCUCCCUGUCCCCUAACUCCAUGUUAUGUAGCCUAACUCUGACUACAAUCUCUCCCUGUCCCCUAACUCCAUGUUAUGUAGCCUAACCCUGACCACAAUCUCUCCCUGUCCCCUUACUCCAUGUUAUGUAGCCUAACCCUCCCCACAAUCUCUCCCUGUCCCCUAACUCCAUGUUAUGUAGCCUAACCCUCCCCACAAUCUCUCCCUGUCCCCUAACUCCAUGUUAUGUAGCCUAACCCUCCCCACAAUCUCUCCCUGUCCCCUAACUCCAUGUAAUGUAGCCUAACCCUGACCACAAUCUCUCCCUGUCCCCUAACUCCAUGUUAUGUAGCCUAACCCUGACCACAAUCUCUCCCUGUCCCCUAACUCCAUGUUAUGUAGCCUAACCCUCCCCACAAUCUCUCCCUGUCCCCUUACUCCAUGUUAUGUAGCCUAACCCUCCCCACAAUCUCUCCCUGUCCCCUAACUCCAUGUUAUGUAGCCUAACCCUGACCACAAUCUCUCCCUGUCCCCUAACUCCAUGUUAUGUAGCCUAACCCUGACCACAAUCUCUCCCUGUCCCCUAACUCCAUGUUAUGUAGCCUAACCCUCCCCACAAUCUCUCCCUGUCCCCUAACUCCAUGUUAUGUAGCCUAACCCUCACCACAAUCUCUCCCUGUCCCCUUACUCCAUGUUAUGUAGCCUAACCCUGCCCACAAUCUCUCCCUGUCCCCUUACUCCAUGUUAUGUAGCCUAACCCUGACCACAAUCUCUCCCUGUCCCCUUACUCCAUGUUAUGUAGCCUAACCCUC